AUGAGGGCAAGGGACUUUAUGAAACUCGUCAAUGCAUAUACUGAGGAAGAGAAAGAUGCUGAGUGGAAUAAUUUCAGGGCUAAAUACAGCCAUAAUGUGUGGGACACGGUCUUCGAAUAUAUCAAGAAAGAAUGGCUUCAGGAAGAUAUGGCAAAACACUUUUUAAAAUGCUAUACCAAUGAGUAUCUGCAUCUCAAUAAGCAAGCAAGCUCACAGGUUGAAGGUGCCCAUUGGAUUAUCAAACGUGACCUUGGAACUUCCACAAUGGACCUACUUAGAGCCACACUAUCAAUUGAAAUGACAAUUGAAAAACAACACCAAAAAAUAUGGCAGGAAAUUGAGGAUGAGCGCGUCCAAAUAAAGAUAGAUUUCAAGAACCUGCGGCUUUUUAAGCAUGUUUUGAAGAAGGUCUCAAGUCAUGCACUGAAAAUAAUCCAUAGUAUCUUUGAAAGAUACCUCCCAGAGAGCGCCCCUGAUAAAAAGCCAAUUAAGCCCUGCACGGGUGUGACUCGACGGACUCUAGGGAUUCCUUGCAUCCACAAAAUCAAGGAAUACUAUGAGGCUGACACAUCGAUUGAGCUUUUUGAAUUCUGUCCACAUUGGCAGCUGCAUACCGACGAAGACCUUCCUCCUAUGGAUCCACGAGAAUUAGUCCUGGAGCUAGAAGUAAUCAGACCGCGUGGCCGUCCUCCUGGUGCAAUUAACUGGCCAACUACAAGCGAGCAGAGCCAGUCAGCUGAAGAUAGAUCUACUAGAAGAGAUCCCUCUGCAUUUGAACAUCUAUUGACUCAAGAAUCAAGCCGAGGACGAGGAAGUGGCCACGUACGUGGUAGCUGUGGAGGAGGACAGGCAAGGAGUGGGCGUGGAGCAAGACAACGAGGUCGUGGUAGUCAUGGAGAAGGACAGGCGGGUCGUGGGCGUGGAGGAAGACAGCAGGGUGGCGAAUGUGGUAGCGGCUCUGCAGGCACCAGUGAAGUUAGCACUCAAAGUCACGAGAAUGAUGAUAAUGAAAUUAGUGAGAACAGGGAUGAUAAGACCAACGAGAAUCAGAUCAGAAGAAGCAAGUGA